AUGAUCCAAGAUGAUAUUCAUAAUAAUAAUUUAUCAAUGUAUCAUGCACAUUUUCCGAAUAGUGUUAGUAUGAAACCAUUUAGAACAUUGCAUACUGGUAUUAUUCAUGAUCCCGAUGCAGUAUUUGAGAGAAAGAAACCACUCCGAUUAGAAUUGAGAAAAUCACACUAUACAACUACUACUACUAUUCAAAAAGAAGAAAAUUCACCUCCCGAACGAGAGAAUACAUCUGGAUCAAAUACUAGUAGUCAAAUAACAUCCUAUCCAUACACUUCAAUAUUAAUAUUGGAUCAUGUAUUUCAUAUUGCCAAAUUAUUGAAUGCUAGACAUGUACAUUUGAAAUAUGUUGAACAGAGUGGAGAUACUUAUAUAAUGUUUAGAACAGAUCAAGGACUAGUUCCUUACUCAACUAUACAAAAUAAGCAUUGGAUUAAAUAUCUUUUAAUGCAUGCAACUGGAAAGGAAGAAUAUGAAAAGGCAGGAGAAGGUGAAUUUAGAUUGGAAGUAAUGACUGAAAGAGAUGGAAGAUUGGAUUUUACAGUUAAUAUUGUUUAUAUUCAGGGAGGUGUCAAAUUAACUCUCAGUUUUAUCAAUGUUUAA